CUCCGUCGCAGAGAAGCGAAGAAGAAGAAGGCCGGAUGUUUACCUCUGCUGGCGUCACUUUUAAAGCUCGUUAACGGUUGUCUUGGUGCUGUUCGGCGGAACCUGCAAACAUUAAAACAAAAAAACAGUCCCGCGUGGUCCCGUUUCGCCGUUAUGGACUCCCGGUGAUUAAAGCACGCCGUCGUCGUGCCGCAGAACAUGAUGGACUGCAUGGAUUUCUCAGAGGAGGAAAUCCGGGAGCAGCUGGCGCUCCUCGGCUACAGGAACAUUCCCAAACACAGACUGCAGGAAUUUAAGAGAGACCUUGAGGAAGUCAUUCAGCGUGGCUCGUGGAAAAGCCCGGACUCCUCCGCUCAGACAAACCACCAAACUCAGUCGAGUCCUCCGGCUUUCACCAAAGAAAAAGUAAGUAAGGAAUUUUUUAGAAACUCCGGAGGAUUUUUCUUACAUGAAGGAAGUUCCGACCACGACAGACAGCAGCUGCUCGGCACACAUCAGCCCAGAGGUUCUGGAUACCAGCAGGAACCUCUGGACUCCUACGCUCAAAACUCUGUGGCUCCAAAGCUCCGCCUCCCGGCGGGGGGCCCAACCCGGCUGCAGGCGGAACCGGAUGUCGAGGACGUGACGGACCCGCGUGCGUCCGACAGCGACAGCUCGUGUUGGGACUCGCGGCGGGGACGGUUCAUCAAAAGGAAGGUUCUGAGAAAACAUGGAGGUCAGUCUUUGGUCUGCGAUGAGUCGAUCUACAGCGAAGAAGACUCAGCCAGCUGUCUGGAGGAACGCCUGGCGGAUCUUCGCUUGGAGUCGGAGAGCGAUUGGAGCCCCUCCCCCCGCUCGGAGGAGAGUGACAGCGUUUCAACGAGCGCCUUUGAAUCUUACAGGAGAACCAUGACCCGAACCCGCAGCGAGGGCGACCUCCGACCCAAACCCAAGUCCUUCAUCCGACCCGUGAGGAACCAGCAGGCCUUCAAAAAGUCCGACCCGGUGGCAAAGUAUUUUGAGUACAAACAGCUCUGGGAGAUGUUCAAACUUCCUGGAGAGAAGGACAGGAAAGCUCUUCGCUGGGAGAUACGGGAGCGGCUUGCCUAUCAGCCUCCACCUCCUAAACCUCGCAGAGUUUUUGUGCCCAACUCCUACGUCGUGCCGACGGAGAAGAAGCGCUCGGCGCUCCGCUGGGAGGUCAGGAACCAGCUGGCCAACCACCUCCAGCGGUUCAGCUCCCAGCCAUGAGCCUCCAGCUGUCCCACAGUUUUUAGGAUCUUUUUAAUAAAUUUUUACUGUUCAUAAGA